AUGAGCAUGCCGCAAGUUCCGCUCUUGAUUGAUAAGCUCUACUUCGCAGUGGCACUGUGCUUUCAGCUGAUCAUGGUGCUUGCGUCUCUUCCUCUGCCAGAGCAAGGUCUCUGUUGCCUGCGAGGAGAGACGUUGGUGCGAAUUCGAAGCCGGCUGCUGGAUGUGGCUCACUGGGCAUUCGUCGUGAUGUCCUUUGGUGGUGCCAUAGUCCUGCGAGCCCCCGAAUCUUUGGCUUUCACCGCAGCCAUUGCUGCUGCGGCACUCGCGUUCCGGCUCUCGAUGAGGAACCGAUGCAUUAUCACAUCUGUGGCAAGGGGCAGUUCCUUGCCAAGAAUAUCCGGGAAGACCGUCACCAAUUUCUUCCUUACACUUUUGGUGGUGACUGUCAUCCGGCUUCUGUUACAGCUGGCUUUCGGCCGUGGCUUUCCUUGGGAUCAAGCGAUUGCUGCGAUCUCCGGGCACCAUGAGGUGAUGCAGGCUCAACGCCAUGAGUGGCACCUUCAUGUUUAG